UUAAGAGCUUGUCUUGAAAGAGUGCCUUGGUGGCUCUUGGUAGCAACACACUAGGUCUUGACUCUGCUGGCAGAAUCAAACGUAUGGAAUAAUCAUCUAACAGAAUGAAAAUAUUACCAAUGUAAAUAAUUACAGUCUUACCAAAGGAAGUCUACGUAUUGUUACCAUUUGGGAAAUUGGCAAAUAUUUGAAGCAGGAAGACAGAAGCCCAUGCCGUUGCAUUCGUCAGCCAUGCUGCCCAUCGCCAUCUUUGCCGUGCUCCUCUGCGCUGCACGGUCAUCCGCAGGUCUGCCCUUUGAGCAGAAGGCCUUCUGGGACUUUGAGAAGGAGUUUGACGCGCAUGACCUGCUGAUGAUGAUGAAGGAUGAGGAGGAAAGCUCGGGCAUGGGCCCCCUAGACCCACAGGAGCCCCCCGUCUGCCCCUUUGGCUGCCAGUGCAGUCUGCGGGUUGUGCAGUGCUCGGACCAAAAUUUGCACCAUGUUCCCCGUAAUAUUCCCCCUGACACCCGCCUCCUGGACCUGCAGGGGAAUAAGAUCACUGAAAUCAGAGAAAAUGACUUCCAAGGCCUCUACAACCUAUACGCUCUGGUGCUGGUGAACAACCUGAUCUCCAGGGUGCAUCCCCGUGCCUUCCUGCCCAUGACCCGACUGCAGAAGCUCUACUUCUCCCACAACCUCCUCCCCGCCGUGCCCAAGAACCUUCCCGCCUCACUGGUGGAGCUGCGCAUCCACGACAACCACAUCAAGAGGGUGGCACCUGGCACCUUCUCCUACAUGGGCACUAUGAACUGUAUCGAGUUGGGACGGAACCCUCUACGGAACAGUGGGUUGGAACCAGGAGCAUUCGCGGGUCUGAAAUUGAACUUCCUACGCAUAUCUGAAGCAAAACUCACUGGAAUACCCAAAGACCUGCCUGAAAAUCUCCGUGAGCUUCAUUUGGAUCAGAACCAGAUUCAGGCUAUUGAGCUUGCGGAUUUGAGUCAGUAUCGCGAACUCACCAGACUGGGUCUCAGCCAAAAUCACAUCCGCCACAUUGAGCAUGGAAGUCUGGGAUAUGUCCCUUACCUGAGAGAGAUACACCUGGACAACAACUGGCUGAGUAAAGUCCCAUCAGGCCUGCCCCAUAUGAAGUACCUACAGGUGGUGUACCUUCACUCCAACAACAUCAGCGAGGUGGGGGUAAAUGACUUCUGCCCCACUGGCUUUGGCAUGAAGAAGACGUUCUAUAACGGCAUCAGCCUGUUCGAUAACCCAAUCAACUACUGGGAGGUCCAACCCGCCACCUUCAGAUGUGUUGCCGACCGCAACGCUGUUCACUUUGGCAACCACAAGAAAUAGGCCAAUCAGAGUGGCAUGACUUGGGGAAGUUCUUUAAAAUCGAAACGAAAGUAGAAUCAACUGUCUUUUAAAAAAGGCCACGAGAGGGUUUAACAGUGGGUCUUUGAGCGCUUGACAUGAAAUGGCUGAUGGCAUUAUGCAUGGGAUAUGAUCAACAUGGAGGCGGAGGGCAGACACAUCAAGAGAGGCAGAAUAGGGUAAAACGGGAGGGAGGGAGGAAGAAUAGAGCAGAAGUUUUGUUUUCUUUAUUGACUUGCAGAAUAUUUUAGGGAGUUUGUUGCAAAUACAUGGUAAGAGUCGAAAGGUUGAAUCGAGGUGGGGGUGUUAGGCAGGGUUUAUCAGCACAAACUGUAAUGACUAUUUCAAUUUCUAUUUUGCUUUUUGUUUUUUCUCAGUAAAUGACAAGCAUUGGAUAAUACAUGUUGUAAUCACUGCUGUCAUGCAAUGAAGCUUGUACAGCAUUUCCUAAAAUACACACUGUGUGUAAAUUAUGUUUGGCAAAAUGUGACAUUUUUAGUUUUGUUAAUUGUAUUACAGUCCCAGGAGUCAGUUGAUGGAGUCAUUCAGAUUUCACACUAAUGUAAAACUUGUGUGAUUUAUUUAUAUAAAAAUUGAUAAACUGUAUAAAUGUAUGGCUGGAAACGUGUCCAUUCUGGUGCUAGUACAUGAUUUUAUUGAAUAUCAUGUGGCAGCAAUCUCGGUGAAAUUAAAGACUGAACCACUUUAUCGGUCUGUCUCUGCUGUGAGGGUCAAUCAAUAAGUGAGUGGACCACAAUUUAUUACGAAUAACUCAAUCAUAAAUGAUUAUACAAAUCAUGCGUAAAUAAUAAAUGUAAAUG